GUGUAGGACUAGAACGAAUAUACUUUUUUUUUCCCCUUAUCCGUUAAAUCAUAAACCGAGAGGGAGAGAGAGUUUCACUGAAUUUUCUAGGGAAUCAAACGGAAAGUGACAAAAUUCACUUAAUUUUUAAGGAAAAAAGAAAUCUCAAUUGUUGUUUGCUUGCCGCCAGAAUGGGAGCAUCGUCUUCUAAGGAGCAGAACGUAUCAAGUGAACAGAGGGAGGUGGAAAGUCUAGCAGCUUCCACUGGAUCAACCUCCUUGCUUCAAAAUGCUUUCUCUAAGCUUGCCGAUCCUCAAACAAAUGCAAUCCCUCUUCAGUCUCUUCAGCCAUGCUUCUCUUUGAAUUAUAAAAGCACAGAAUGCGAAGCAUUGAAAAUGCCUGAUUCCCUUUUGGGAUUAUUGGAUCAUCUGGGUCCAUCAAUGGUAGACCUGUUUUUCAUUACUGAUAAAGGAGGGGUUAAUUGGAUUGAGUUUGUUAGAGGUUAUUUGAAAUGCUGUGGGAGGAUGCCUGUUUCAGUAUUGCUUAAUACAUUGUUGAGACUAUUUUCUGCAACGGGAGUGAAAGCAGGAAUUCCUUUGAAACUGGAGGUUGAAGCUAUUGAUGAUGGUGAAUAUAAGAUAAGCGGGUCGCUUCUGCCUAUUGAUGUGCUUAUGUUUCUUUGGAUGUGUUGGGCUAUGUUGUGGAAUUCAAGAACUUGGAACUUUUUAAAAGAGAAAGAGUGUCUGUAUCUUCCAGAUAUUAGUCCUUUGGUGUUAUCCGCGGUUGUUUCUUGUGCUGAAGGUGGUAGUGGAUUGGAAUUGUGGGAUUGUGAUGUCUCGGUUUUAGAUGUUCAACUUCCUGCUGGAAAGUUUCUUACAUGGAUGCUGACAACAGUGACAAACCUCACAGAGUGUUUUACACAAUUUGUCAAUGCAAGACUGCAAAACUGCACUAGUUCGGAGCAAGAUACACUGGAAUCUUCAAGCUCAUCAUUAAGAGAAAUCUCUUCAGAAAAGGCAUGCAACUCUUGUCUUCUAACCUGUGGAAAAGCAUGGGCAAUUUCCCUUACAAUCAGGAGUGCAAUAAGUCAAGAAAUUCUGAACCCAUACUUUCCUAGUAACAGUGAUGCAACAGAUGAGAAUCUUAUUUAUCGGUCAUCUCUCCAUGGGAAGGGCUUGAACAGAUUCUGGUCUAACAUCGAAGGUUAUCUUGGUCCAAUGCUGAUUUUGAUUUCUGCUACUUCUGGAGAUGCAAGUGAGGAUAGCACCAAUUGUAGGAAAUGGAUUGUAGGUGCACUCACCCACCAGGGUUUCGAAAAUAGGGAUAUGUUCUAUGGAACCUCUGGAACCCUAUAUGCUAUAAGUCCAGUCUUCCACAUGUACUCACCUUCUGGGAAGGAGAAAAACUUUGUUUACAGCCACUUGCAUCCUACUGGUAGAGUUUAUGAGGCACGUCCAAAGCCUGUGGGCAUUGCAUUUGGAGGAACCAUUGGGAAUGAGAGGGUUUAUAUGGAUGGAGACUUUUCCAGAGUUACAGUUCGCCAUCAUGCAGUUGACAAAACUUACCAGCAAGGUUCACUUUUCCCGAAUCAGGGGUUUCUCCCAGCUGAAGCUUUGAUUUUAGAGGUGGAGGUUUGGGGUUUAGGUGGGAGGAAAGCAAGGGAAAUUCAAUUUUCAUAUAAGAAGAGAGAGGAUCUUUUCACUGCACAAAGACGCAAGGUUGACAUGAAAACUUUCGCAAGCUGGGAGGAUUCACCUGAGAAGAUGAUGACGGAUAUGAUGGCUGACCCCAACAGAGUUCGAAGGGAAGACCGCUGAAUAAAUUGUACAGCAUGCAUGUUUCGAUGGGAGUUGAAAUAGUUGCAGUCAUAUAGAAAUUAAACUAACUUAAUGGCCGGCGAUACGCUGUUGAUUUCUAUUUCAGUCAAUAAAUAGUGCUAUUCAAUCUUAAAAGCUUGUAUUAAAAAACAAAAAUUUGGUGUAAGUGCAUAAGUUGAUUUAUUUAAUUUAUAUAGAAAUUUUAUCACAAUAAA